GCGUUUUAAAAUCAAUGUCAACGAGUGUCAAAAGUGACAAAAGUGACAAAACUGUUUUAGAAGGAGGCGUUUUCCAAAGGACUAGGCAAUUUAUCUAAAGCUCGUCAUUCAUCAAUAAUGAUUCGCUUUAUUUUAAUUCAAAAUCGAGCUGGUAAAACUCGGUUGGCAAAAUGGUACAUGAAUUUUGAUGAUGAUGAGAAACAGAAAUUAAUAGAAGAAGUUCACGCUGUUGUUACAGUUCGUGACGCCAAACAUACCAACUUCGUGGAAUUUAGAAACUUCAAGAUAGUGUACAGAAGAUAUGCUGGACUAUACUUCUGUAUAUGUGUGGACGUGAAUGACAACAACCUCUGCUAUCUUGAAGCUAUCCACAAUUUUGUUGAAGUGCUCAAUGAAUACUUCCACAACGUGUGUGAACUCGAUCUUGUAUUUAACUUCUAUAAGGUGUACACAGUGGUGGAUGAAAUGUUCCUCGCUGGUGAGAUCCGGGAGACGUCCCAGACCAAAGUCCUGAAGCAAUUGCUGAUGCUCAACUCCUUAGAGUGAACCUCGAGUCUCACACCGUCAGCUUAUGGCGGAGCUAUGGAUAAUUUAUUUGUUUAUGUGUUAAUGAAUCUAUUAUUAUAAUCGUAAGAUCAUUAUAAUAGUUGAGAGCUAAUAGAGAUCCACUUCUUUGUAUAUAGAUUGGUUUUGUGUUCAAACGAUGUAAAUACAUUUGAUUGAUAAUUUGCAAAUGUUGAAGUUUUUGCAUGAAAGUAAAUACUUAUUUGAAAUAUUCUGUAUUCUUCUACAUUAAUGUUAUGAAAAGUAGCAAUACUCAUUCCAUGUUACGAUAGGAGGAUGAGGAGUUGAUUUGAUGUUGUUCUCUUGUGUGUAGCGACGCCUCUGUAUCCUAUAUCUCAUAAGUUAGGUAGAUCUAUAUCAAGUUAAUAAACAUAUAAUGAUUUAAUAAACACGGAAUAUCACAA